AUGUCAAAAGCAAAAUUAAUGGUUGUUUUACUUUUAAAUAUAAUAUUGACAAUAGCAGUAUUAGGAUUUAGUUUUACACAAGCUAGAUUUUCAACCAAUGGAAGUUUAAGUGAAAGUUUAUGUAGCGAACAAGAUGUUGUAACACCAAUUAGAAUAGAGAGUGGUUCAACAUAUGCCAUGUGUCCAUGGUCUGAAAAGCAAAGUGCUAUUAGAAUAUUAAUUGAUUGUUUAGGUUUUAUUGCAAUCAUAUGUUUGAUAGUAUUCAUGUUUAAAGCAAAGAGAUUUUCUUUUAUAUUUGCAAUUGUUUUAUUAUUUGUUAUAGGUGGAUUUGGUGGAUAUUCAUCAGUUAUUGAUGGUCUUGCUAUUAAGAAUACAAAGAGUUAUUGCGAUGAUACCAAUUUUGAUAUGGUUUUAGAGGGUAGUCAAUGUCAAUUAAAAUAUUUCUAUGGCACUGUUGCAUUAAAUUUUGGUUCAUCAUUAUUCAUGUUAUUAUCUUCAAUUUUAGCACUUAAAUAUAGAUCAAGAAUUUUCAAUGGUGACAAUCAUCAUCAUCACCAUCAUCACGAUCAUGAUGAAGCAAAAGAUGAAGAAAAAACUCCAAUCAUUUCUUCUUCUUCAAAUUCAAUUUAA